GCCAAAAAUCGCAAGAAAAUUCACUAAGAAACACUGAAAGUCUGCAAGAGAGUUCACCAGAAAAUGCCAAAGAUCAACAAGUGAAUUCACCAGAAAUGCUGAAAGAAAAUUCACCAAGAAAUGCAGAAAGUCCACAAGAGAGUUCACCAGGAAGCACUGAAUGCCCACAAGAUAAUUCAUCAGGAAAUGCUGAAAGUCCACAAGAAAAUUCACCAGAAAAUGCAGAAAGUCCACAAAAGAAUUCACCAAAAAUGCUGAAAAUCCAAAGUGAAUUCACAAGAAAUACCGAAAGUCCAAAAAAAAUUCACUGGGAAACAUCAGACACCCACAAGAAAAUUCACUAUGAAGCGCCAAAAAGUCCACAAGAUAAUUACCAAGAAACACCGAAAAUCCACAAGAGAGUUCACCAGAAAAUGCAGAAAGUUCACAAAAGAAUUCAUCAAAAAACGUCAGAAAGUUCACAAGAGAAUUCACCAAGAAAUACUGAAAAUCCACAAGAGAAUUCACCAGGAAAUGAAGAAACACCAAAAGUCCACAAGAGAAUUUACCAAAGAAAUAGAGAAUUCAUCAAGAAAUGCCAAAAAUCUACAAGAAAAUUAUCAAGACAUUCCGAAGAUCAACAAGAGAGUUCAUCAGAAAAUGUCAAAGGCCCACAAGAGAAUUCACCAAGAAAUGCUAAAAGUUUACUCCAAGAAAUGCUGAAAGUCUACAAGAAAAAUACUGAAAGUCCACAAAAGAAUUCGCCAAGAAGCACCGAAGGUCCACAAAAAAAUUCACCAAGAAACACCGAAAGUUCACAAGAAAGUUCCACCAAAAAAUGCCAAAAGUCCACAGAAAGUUCAUCAAAAAUGCUGAAAGAAAGUUCAACAAAUCGUCGAAAGGCCAGAAGAAAGUUCACGAGAAAGUUCAACCAAUUUCAAAAAAUCAGUAAAAGUUUACAAACGAAUGCUGAAAGAUUCCAAAAAAGCACUGAAAGAUCAAAAAACCCUAAAAGAUACAAAGAAAGCUGA